GUGACAUCAUUGUAUUUUUUUAAACAGAAGGACAUAAUAAUUUAGGUAAUAAUGUGAUUUAAACCUUAUUAGGAGAUCCUUCAGAUUAUUAUCUCCGUUGAUGGCGAUUUGUAAUUGUGCGGACCGCACUAGAAAUUAUUUUUCCGUUCUGUCGGCCGCACGAAAUUUUGCAUUCAUUUCACCCCACCAAAUCCCAAACAAGUUAUGCUAUAUAAAUGGCUUUAAUUCUGCUAAUGGAUAAGAUUUAAAUUGAGCUAUUGAAUCUAAGCUUAAAGUUUAAAGUCAAUGUCUUCAAAUACAAUUACUUCAAACAUUGAAGAAUCUUCUUCAACUUCAACUAAUGAGUCACUUCAAAAAGUUGCAACCCUACAGGAACAUCUUGACAGUUUAGCUCACCAAGCAAGUGAUUCUGAAAUAGAUCAAGAUCAUGCAGGAGAUGGAACAAGGAAAGAAGAUCAAUAUUUAACGGGUUUAAAAUUAUAUUUAUGUGUUACAGCAGUAUUAUCGUGUUUAUUUCUCAUUGGAUUAGAUCAAACUAUUGUUAUUACUUUAUUAACAGAUGUUGGGAAUCAAUUUAAUGCUAUAGAUAAAAUUGGUUGGUUAGCUUCGGGUUAUUUAAUUACUGUUUGCGUUUUCACGCCAUUUUGGGGAACAUUUGCCAUAAGUUUUGGAAGAAAAUUCACCAUGAUUAUUUCGGUGGUACUAUUUGAACUUGGGUCACUUAUUUGUGGUGUUGCAACAUCAAUGGAUAUGUUGAUUGCAGGAAGAGCUAUUGCGGGUAUCGGAGGUGGUGGUAUACAAUCACUUACUUUUAUCAUUACUUCAGAAGUUGUUCCAAUUCAUCAUAUGCCCAUGAUUAUGGCUUUUAUUGGUGUUACAUUUGCCAUAAGUUCAGUUCUUGGUCCAAUUAUUGGAGGUGCUUUCACAACUGAUGUUACUUGGAGAUGGAGUUUCUACAUAAAUUUACCUAUAGGUGGAGCUGCUUUGCUUCUACUCAUAAUUUCUUUCAACCCACCUAAAGUUCAAGGUAGCUUUAGGGAUAAAAUUAAGAAAAUUGAUUUCAUUGGAACUGGUCUUGUAUCUGCUGGAUUAAUUUUAAUUUUAUUAGCAUUAACUUUUGGUUCAUCAUAUGAACAUAAAUGGAAUUCUGGUAUUAUUGUUAGUUUCUUUGUAGUAGGAACAGUACUAUUAGUUGGAUUUGUUGUUUGGAAUUUUAAAUUUGCCAAAUAUCCUUUGAUUCUUCCAAGUGUGGUUAAAGUAAUGCAAAUUAAUGCUGCUGCUAUCUGUAUGUUUUUUGUGUUUGCCUAUUUCAUUGCUGUUACUCUUUACCUUGCAAUUUAUUUUGAAAUUGUUAAAGGUAUGUCUCCAUUGAAAACUGGGGUAAAUGCAUUCCCCAUCAUCCUAGCUAUUGUUCUUUCAGCUAUUGCUUCGAGUAUCAUAAUUGAAAAGACAACUCAUAUUAAAGCUUUUGUAAUUAUUGCUGGGAUUUUGGGUCCUAUUGGUAUGGGAAUAAUGACUUUAUAUGAUGUUAAUACAACUACUGGGCAAUCAAUUGGUCUUCAAAUAGUAGUUGGUAUUUCACUCGGCAUUCAAUUUCAAGCCAGUAUUUUAGCUGCCCAGGUAGUAGCUCCUAAAGUUCCAGGUGGUGCUAUCAUUACUAUUUCGUAUGUUAUAUUUGCAAGAUGUUUAGGUGGUGCCAUCGGUGGUAAUCUCGCUAAUUUGGUAUAUAAUGCAUCAUUCAUAGAUUCUUUUAGAGACCACAUUGCCAAAGAAUCAAACCAAACGAUUAUAAAAGAAUUAUCUAGCAUUAGUCCAUUUGAACUUCUUGUCUCUAGUGAAGCUCUUCCCGGAUUAUCUCUAGCUACUCAAGAUUUCGUUAUUAAACUAUACAAUCAAGCUAUUAGAAAUGUUUACUAUAUGUGCAUCAUAUUUGCCGGUUUAUCAUUUGUGGCUGCUAUAUUUACUACAAAUAAGAGAAUCCCUCCUCCUGAAGUAUUGAACUCUGAUACAAAGGAGCAAAUUGAACCUGCUUAGCUUUACUUUACUUUUCUUUUCUUUUAAUUAUAUAAUUUUACACCAAAUAAAUUUCGCAAUCUUUUUGGA